GGCCCUGUCUGCCGGCCCGCCGCUUGCCCGCCCCGUCGGGUCUGUCCUUCAUCAAACAGCGGCGUGGUCCGACAGCCCACCAUGGCCACUCUCCUCCGCAGCAAGCUUUCCAACGUGGCCACCUCUGUGUCCAACAAGUCCCAGGCAAAGAUGAGUGGUAUGUUCGCAAGGAUGGGCUUCCAGGCUGCCACCGACGAGGAGGCGGUGGGGUUUGCCCACUGCGACGAUCUGGACAUGGAGCAUCGACAGGGGCUGCAGAUGGACAUCCUCAAGUCCGACAGCGGCGAGGAGGGCGCCGAGCCACCCUUGGAAGGGGACAUCCACUACCAGCGGGACGGCACGGGGCCUCUACCGCCUUCCGCCAUGAAAGAGGUGGAUGGCUGCCCAGAGCUUUCAGGGCAGGGCAAGCCCAAGAUCACAGCUUGGGAGGCAGGAUGGAAUGUCACCAACGCCAUCCAGGGGAUGUUUGUGCUGGGCCUGCCCUAUGCCAUCCUUCAUGGUGGAUACCUGGGACUCUUUCUGAUCAUUUUUGCUGCAGUGGUUUGCUGCUACACAGGGAAAAUCCUUAUUGCCUGUCUUUAUGAAGAGAAUGAGGAUGGAGAGAUAGUCAGGGUGAGAGACUCCUAUGUGGAUAUAGCAAAUGCAUGCUGUGCACCCCGCUUCCCCACCCUUGGAGGCAGGAUUGUAAACGUGGCUCAGAUUAUUGAACUGGUUAUGACCUGCAUUCUCUAUGUGGUGGUCAGUGGCAACCUGAUGUACAACAGCUUUCCUAACCUGCCAGUCUCUCAGAAGUCAUGGUCCAUCAUUGCCACGGCAGUGCUCCUGCCUUGUGCGUUCUUGAAGAACCUCAAGGCAGUCUCCAAGUUCAGCUUGCUCUGCACAUUGGCACAUUUUGUGAUCAACAUCUUGGUGAUUGCCUACUGCCUCUCCAGGGCACGCGACUGGGCCUGGGACAAAGUCAAGUUUUACAUUGAUGUAAAGAAGUUUCCCAUCUCCAUUGGCAUUAUUGUCUUCAGCUACACCUCUCAGAUCUUUCUGCCUUCCCUGGAGGGGAAUAUGCAGAACCCCAAGGAGUUUCACUGCAUGAUGAACUGGACUCACAUAGCAGCUUGCAUCCUUAAGGGACUCUUUGCCUUGGUUGCCUAUCUGACCUGGGCUGAUGAGACCAAGGAAGUCAUUACAGACAACUUGCCAUCCACCAUAAGGGCAGUAGUCAAUAUUUUCCUGGUGGCCAAAGCCUUGCUCUCAUACCCCUUGCCAUUCUUUGCUGCUGUGGAAGUCCUGGAGCGGUCCCUUUUCCAAGAUGGAAAUAGGGCAUUUUUUCCCAACUGCUAUGGGGGUGAUGGGCGGCUCAAAUCCUGGGGACUCACCCUCAGAUGUGCCCUGGUAGUAUUCACCCUGCUCAUGGCUAUCUAUGUCCCACAUUUUGCCCUCUUGAUGGGUCUUACUGGGAGCCUCACAGGUGCAGGGCUCUGUUUCCUGCUCCCUAGUCUUUUCCACCUUAAACUCUUGUGGAGGAAGCUUUUGUGGCACCAUGUCUUCUUUGAUGUUGCUAUCUUUGUUAUAGGUGGCAUCUGCAGUGUCUCUGGGUUCAUCCACUCUUUGGAAGGCCUCAUAGAGGCCUUCAGAACCAACACUGAAGACUAAAGAGGGGCCAGAGUUGGUUGCUGUAAGAGAAUCUCAUUGAACAUCUGCAUAGUCAAAUAAUUCUACAUCCCUUUAAUGGAAAGAGUCAUUAUUUUCGUUACGUGCAUCCAACAAAUUCUAUGUUAUAGAAUCUGCAAAUUAAAGGAAAUA